GUCUUUACACAUAAAUACAUUAUAUAUAUGCUGAAGGAUAUAAAUAAUCAUGUUGGAGAAUCAGUUAUUAGCAAAAACAAUGAAUAGCGACAACAAAGAUAACAAUUUGAAUCCAGAAUCGGAACAUAAAUUAUUUAUAAAUGUGAAUUCAUUGGAUAAAAGUAGAUUCUUUCUGAAGCGACGAUUUAGAUCCAGAGUGCUAAAUAAAUCAGUUCCAUUAAGAAGUACAAGUUUAUUUCACCACAGAAUGAAUAGAUCCUUGAACUUUGAUAUUAUUAGCCCAAGGAAGGAUAAUUUAUUUAAAAAUUCAAAUUCACCUUUAGACAAUGAUUCUUUCGAUGCAAGUAAAUCAUUGCGAGACUUAUCAAGAUCGGCUAAAAUAAUGAGAGCACUUAGUUUCAGUCGUGAUUCGUUUUAUCACAGAAACAUGAAUAUAAAAAAAUCAUUGAAUUUUGAUUCGUCUCCAAGUCCACAGAAGUAUAAUUUUAAUACAAGUUCUCCUAUUGAUUCAAUGACUGACGCAUCAUCACCCAUGUUAGACAAAUCCUUGAGACUCGAUUCAAGUUCAAAUGAUUCUGUCGCUAGUAGCAUGUUGGUUGCAUCUUUGGAAUCAAUUGAUGAAAACCAAAAUCAAACGCCUCAGCAAAAUCGAAAAAUUGUCAAAAUAUCCAACAAUAGUAGAAUUAAUACAAGAGAAACAGAUGAGUCAGGAUCAUCCUGCUCUACAUCGUCGCUUCGAAGCAAUCUCAGAGAAAAAAUUGAUAACAUUGUACGUGCAUCACAAACACCUGAUUUACAAUCCUUCAAUCAGAAGAAUAAAUCAAGAGCACUCGGCUGUAUUAUAGUUGCAAGUACACCCAGGAAUUUGUCUCAAGAAUUGAAUCAGGAUGCACACAAUAGAUCACAUACACCAGACAAUAUGAUGCAUUUAAUUCCAGAGAGUAUGAGUGCUAUCAAGAAAAGUCAUAAAAAGGAAAAGCUGUAUGGUCAUGAAGAACGAUUGUUUACACAACAGAAAAAUAUUUCUGCCCAAAACGAAGAUACAUAUACAAGUUUGGAAUCAAUAGCAAUGGACACAUCCGCAAUUGCUAGUUGUAGUAGGGCUUCCAUAAAAGAAUCUCCGAAGAAAAACAAAAGUGUGAAAAAAGCGCUUAUUUAUUAUUCAGAUGAUGAACUUUCUGAGACUGAAUCAGUUUUUAAGCACGGUACACAGCGAAAAGCCAAAUUGAGAAAAAAGAAUCUUUUGGGAAACCGAUUGGAUAAAGUGAAAAAUGAUAAAAUACAGGACAUACAACAUAGGGACAAUACACAUUUCACAAAUUAUGACGAUAAAAAGGAUCAUUCCAUGGAAAACAUCUGUGAUAAAAAUACAUGUCGACCAUCCUCGCAAAAAGAAUUAAGUACUUGUAAUGCCAACAUGAUGGAUAAGAACAGAGCAGUAUCUCCAAAACCUGAUUCAACUAUUCCUCAAGAUUCUGGAAUAGCUACACCUGAAAAUAACAUAAAUAUUAUAGAACAUUUAUUAACAGAAUCUAUUAAAAAAUCGCAUAAGAAAAUUAAACAUGAAAAUAGGAAAACUUCAUUAAAAGCCAAGACUCUUUACCAAAAGAUAGAAACAGCACAACUUGAAGUAUCAGUUCAAGAUACUUCUAAUGAUAUUCAAUGCGAAGAUGUUGAAGCAGUUGUUGAAACUUGUGCCUUAAGUUCGCAGAAUGCCGAUCGACCGAGCACACCUGAAAACAUAAAUUCAAGUAGACUCUUAUUACCUGAAUUUAAAUCGGUUAAAAAGUCACACAAAAAAGACAAAUACAGCAAAAGAAUUUCCGGUCUCGCUAAGUGCCAUAAAUAUCAUCAUGAAUAUCGUAAAAAAUAUGACAAUUCAUUACUAGAUAAUAAAUAUGAAGAAAAAAAUACUAGCAAAACUUCACAUGGAAAUGAAUCACUUGAGUUAAAUGAAUUUCUUGACAUGUCACCUAAAAAGAAGAAAAAAUCGAUAAAUGUGUCCUUUGAAAGCGGUGCACGCAAAUUGUUAUAUUCUUCUAAAUCUUUAGGACAGAACGAUACAAAUGAUGAAUUUAAAAUCUGUACUCCUACCACACAUAGAAAAAUAACGACAAACCAGUCAGUUAUAAAUCAUCAUGUUUGUGCAGAUGAAAUAUUACAGGAAGAAGAUAAAUCUGCAGAAAAUAUAUCAAAGGAAAUUGAUUGUUCUAGAUGUAUGACGCCAAUCGCACGUUGUUUGAAAAAAUCGAGAGAAAGCAAAGAUCUUACAUGUAUUAAAAAAAUUGAGACUGACGCAUCUACUUCAAGUGAUGGACCAGAUGUGGAUGUUGCAGAUUCUAAAGACGAAAAUGGUAGAUCAACUCCGAUAAAUAUGUCGACGACAGAACUGCUUUCUAAUAUAGAUUCUAUUAAAAAAUCACAUAAGAAAGAUAAGCAUAGUCGCAGUGUAUGCAAGAGACCAGUUUUGUGGAAGGAAAACUCUCAUACUGAAGAAAAUGAAAGUGUUAAUAUUACAAGUAUGAAUAAGUUGAAACAAAAUAUGUCCUUAAAACAUAUGGACAAUGAUUGUGCCAAAACGGGAAUGUGCAGUAAUGAAGAAGAAAAGAACAAAUGCUAUGAAGAAAUUAUUUACGACGAUCCUCAACCAUCUACGAGCCAAGUAAGAAACAAUAUUGAUUCAAAAACCGUGAAAAAAUUAGAACUGAAUACAACACCUCCAAAUGAUUUAAAUGCGACGAAUUUCAUCAAGCUGUUGCAUACGAUUUCCAUUAAAAAGUCGCAUAAAAAAGAACGUGAUUGUAAUGCACAAGCCAAGUAUAUUUUGAUGAACGAGGAACACGAAUUGUCUAAUGAUGGAUCGAUAUUCGAUGAAGAGGAUAAAUUAAAUUUUACAGAAGACUAGAAAUCUAUACAUACACAGAGAUAAUGACAAUAAAAUAAACCUGUACAUAUAAACUAGAGUAAGAAUUAGUAGAUUAUAUUUUCGCAAAUAAGAGAUAAACUAUUCAAGGGAAUUGAACAUUACAUUUAUUUUGAAUACUGUUAAUGCAUGUGUUUAUCUAUCUCGAUAUUAUGUCAAAAUUUUUGUUCUA